UUCAGAAAACUUGGAAGGUAAAAAGUAGUAACUAAGGUCCCAUUAGUUAACAUGCAUUAACUAACAUUAACCAAUACACAACUUAUAGUAUUUAUUAAUCUGUGUUAAUGUUGGUUAUUAAAAUACAACUGCUUGUAAUUAGUUCAUGUAAGCGCAGAUCCAUUAAAAAUAUUAACUUCAGAUUUUAAUGUAGUAGUAAAUGGAAUUGAGUGUUUUGGAUAGGAAUAUAAUAUUUGAAACCAAAUGGAAUGUACUGAAACUGCACACAUUUGAGUCUUGAACCUCUGUCUCUUUAAAUGUUUAUAGAGGAUUUGGCAUUAAAAGGAAUGGCUGUACAGUCGAGCACACAUAAUUGUGGAGCUACAUAUUCCAUCUGUGGAGCUUCAAAGGCCAUCGACGGCAUCAGAUACUCUCCUUCAGGUACACCCCAUCCAGAAGAAACCUAUACAUACUGCUCCCACACAUCAAACGAUCUCAACCCGUGGUGGAGGCUGGACCUGCUGGAUUAUUACUACAUUUACAAAGUGGCCAUUACCAACAGAGGCGACGGCUGGUUGGAGCAAACGACUGGAGUAGAGAUCCGCAUCGGAAACUCUCUGGAUAACAACGGCAACAACAAUCCCAGAUGUGCUGUCACUUCAUCUGUCCCAGCAGGCAGUACUGUCAGUUUCUCUUGCGGUGGAAUGGAAGGUCGUUAUGUGAACAUGUACAUUCCUAAACAGGCAUAUCUCGUGCUGUGUGAGGUGGAGGUUUAUGGAACAGGUAAUUUCUGUAACCUCAUUCUAGAUUGUUAAAGUGUGGUAACAUUAGUGAAAUUUCAAGUGGAAAAAAAUAGGUCCAUUGUCAAUAGUGUAGAGAUGUACGAAGCACAGCUCACAAAGAUGUCAGAUGUCAAAGAUGUUUCAA